GCGGGACAAGAGUAAAGCGAAAAAGAAGACAAUGGCUGUCCACGGCUAAGAGGCUGAACUCUGAACGCAGAGAGCGCCACAUGGAGGCGGUGCUGAAAAACUUGGCAAGCACGGUGGAGCUGCUGGCCGUGGCGGCGCACAGCGGUGUGGUGGAGCAGUGGGAUAAACAAACCCUGUCCAGAGCUUUCCACUGGGCCCGGUAUUGCGAACACCUCUUUUCCAGGUUUCACAAUAACUCAGCGGUAAGGAGGAUUAUGGAGAAGCAGCUCCAGCUCACAAAUCAAAGUUUGCAAGCUGCCAUCCCUGGAUACACUGAAGUCUCCUUCUCGGACCUACCCCGGUGCCAACACCACUUGCUCCUUGGACUGUUAAACAACCCUAAGCUGCCCAGCUCCAUCAUGAGGAUACUCUUUGACAGCAAGAGUCCUGCAGACACCAAGCACAGUGAGUAUCCGGAUGUUACCGGCCUCUGCAGCCACAUGAUCCAGUGCAAAUCUGCAUGUAAAGUCUUGAAUCCUCUCACAGACCCGUCAGCUGUUGGUGCUGAUGCUGAGGUGCAGGGGGUGAUGCUGAUGGAAAAGCUGGGUGCUUUGAUGAGCCAAAGCAGUGAAGCCUGCAGGACAGAGCACUUUUUAGACUCUGUCCUCCAGGGAUGUGAAAGAGCAGCAGAACAUUUCUGUCGGGUCAUUGCUGCAGCUCUGCUGACAACGGAAAACUCGGCCGCACAAACUGCUUUGCAGGAUUUUCUCAUGGACUGGCUGCAGAAAAAACACAUGCUGAAGCACAUGUGUUCUGCACUGCCUACUGCACUUCUUAUGGACCUGGCCAAAGAACACCUGAAAUUUAGAGAUGCAUACUAUGAUGUACUGAAAAAGUGGGCCUCUGAUAUGGAGUACAGCAUAAGUGAGGGUGAAUGGGUUCAAACCAGCACAAACCCCACAGUGUCCUUCCAGAAACUGACUGAGCACUUUCAGGCCUUGUUUGAGACUUGUCCCUCUUUGAGGGAUGAUGUGGAGAAAGAGCUGAAUGCUUUGAAGAUUUCUGAUGGAGAUUUUGAUGUUAGAGGUCUGAGUGUGUGGGGAGACCUGCUGUCAGUAUUAAACCGGUGACUGUCAGUCUUGGGGUCUUUGUAGAACUGGAAAAUGGCCAAAUGUAUAUGUCUAUUUAUAUCUUGAUGCAGUGUUUGACUAGUUUGUCUCUAGCACUGAUUUUUCAAAAAAAAGUAUAAUUUUGGUUACAGUACCAAAGCUCAGGUAUCACAUCGACAUCAAAACAUUUCAAAUGGUACCUAUGCCUGUGUAUGACAUCCUUAAUCUGUGAA